GUUAUUUGUUGCCACAAAAUAUCCCCCCUAUAAGGUAUGUUCUGUGUUUGUUGCAAGUGCUGCCAUACCUGUAUUAUUUUAGGUUAUGUACGCGCUGUUGAGCUUCUGCUUUUAAGUUUGCGGACAAACAACAAAUCUAAGAACCCCUUUUCCGAAACCUUUAAUUAUAAUAAUGAUCCUUGUAAACAUUUAUUCGAUGGACAACCCUGAGGGUCACCUUAUCGCCAGCUUGGGUAGAGGCGUCCAUUUACUCGGCCGUGGUAAUCUCUUAAAGGUAGCAGACAAGAGGGUUUCCCGAAAACAUGCAAUCAUCGAAGUGUCUGAGCAUAAGAUUACUUUAACCUCUAUCCACAUCAACCCCUGCUUCUUCAAGGCGGCGAACAGUAAGACUUUAACAAUCAUGACCCAAAACCAGCAAAAUGAAAUCCAAGACGGUGACCAGUUUGCGUUGUUGCCUGAAUCCUGCUGGUUUCAAGCGAAAAUAAAAAUCGAAGCACCGGAUCCGCCCCCAAGCCCAACAGAAAAAAGAUUACAUGAACAAGAAGUCAAUGAAAGCUGUGACGCCAAAAGAGCCAGAUUGUCCACAACGUCCACAAGUGACUGUGAGACCAACGAUACUGUUCCAGAUUUGUUGGAACAGGUGUUAGAGGGCAGCAAAGAAGAGGAACCGACAAAUAGUUGCGGGCUUGGCCCCACUGUCACAUGUUAUACAGAGGCAACAAGUACCACUGUGGUGCCAAAAACUGAAAAACCUGAUCAAAUGCCAUGCCAGUCGACUACAGACAUUGCAGAAGCGCCUGCUUCUGCAAUGUCUGAGGCCUUGCCUGAGGAAAUAGAGCCCCUACCCGACAGAACAGACAUCAAUAACGAACCGACUUUAGACCUUCCAAGUGAAAUCCCCGAGAUUACCCACGAAGUGACAUUGGAAGUAAAGCAGGAACUCAUUGAAAUCCACGAAGAAAUAUUGGAGGAACCGUCACCUAUGGUGGAAGUUAAAGCAGAGCCGGUUGACGAUCAGAGUAAAGUCGCAGAAGCCCCCCAAGACAAUGCAAACGCUGCAGACCAGCCAUCGACAAGCGGAUCUGCAACCAAACCCCCCGCAAGGGAGCGAUGCUGGUAUGGAGAUACCUGUUAUCGGAAAAACCCCAGUCACAAGGACGCCUUCAGCCAUCCGGGCGAUGGCGACUAUGACUCGGGCGUGGACGGAAACCGGCCCGAGUGCCCCUUUGGACCGGCUUGCUACAGGAAGAACCUGGACCAUAGAAGGAUGUACAAGCACAGCACCAGGCCCGCAGGAAAGCCAACCGCUCGAGCAGCUAAACGGCCGAAAAAAGCCCCUCCGAGGGGUGAUGAGAGCGAGGAUGAUUACGACUAUUCAGACCCUUUCCUCAAUGACGAUUCGAGCGAUGACUUUGAAUUGAGUGAUUUUGGAAUUGAUAGCAGUGAGAGUGAUUUUGACGAUGCCCAGCAAGUGGACGAGAAGCAGGAACGACAUCGAAUGUUGCGGGAAGCAAAAAGGUUUAUCAAUCGCAAAUAGAAAAUGAAUUUAAAAAAAUGUUGCUGGGGUUUUACACCUUUGGAUCGUGGUCUAGGAAACCCGGCAGUGUAAUUACUAAAAUUGUUAAUUAAAAUGUAAGUACAUGCAGAAUUUUUAUUCGGGUUUAUUUGAUCUGAGCAACUACUGGGUAUUUUCAGACUGUUGAAUGGGAAUUUCCAACAGUCAGCCGUGAAAAAAGUAUCGGGCCCACAAUGGAAAAAGCGGAACUAUUAUAUAUUUUUUAUUUCUAUUUAAAGAAUACAUAUUGUUUUCUAAAUUCAAUAUUAGUAAAUGGUUUUGCGGUACAUUUUGUCCAAAAUGAUAAAAUAUACACGAAAAAACCGAAACGAACCCAAAUUGCUUUAUAUAAUUUCUUAGCCAACAGCGAGACGAACCGUUUUAUACACACAAACCUCAAUGGGUAUACAAAAAACUCGAUUCUGGACAAAGUGUAUAUGUAAUAUACUUUUCAAAAUUUUUAAAUAUACAUUCUGCGAAAGGCUUAUUCUUAUUUGUUACAUCUAACAAUCGCAGCACUGUUUUUUAAAAACUAUAUAUAUUUAGAAUUGUUAAUAUUUUCAUCAUUAUUCAAACAUAUUCUAAGAUAUAUUGACAAUUUUUUUAAAUAAUUAUUUCAAGUUAGGUAGUAUCUAAAUGUAAAUAUCUUGUUUCUUAAUUUUUAUAUGGAAUGUUUUUAUGUUUUUAAUAUAAAUAUGUAACUGCAUGUCUUAACGAUGUAUUAUAAUAUGCUAAAGGCUUUAUUAGGCAAACAUCCAGUGUCGCUACACUGGAAUCAGUACAUUAUACACUUUUUGCAAAUUCUUAAAACCUAAUUUUCAUCUGUAACCACCAAGAUUUGUUUCAACGAUAACAAUAAAAAGAAAAAUAAUCGUACUGGUCAAAUUGGAGUUGUGAUAAAUGCAAAUUCUUCCGAAAAUUGGUGGUCACAUCACGCUCUCUGAACUAUUCUGAUCUACUGAACUAGAGUAAAAUCUAGCUUUUAAUAUAUUCUUGUAGUUAUCAAUAAGUCUUAAAAUUGUCGCCUUCUAAUCUUAGGUAGAAAAUGUUCAGUGAUAUAACUCAAUUGCUUUUGCGUAUUACCAUAUUACUUUAAGAGAGAAGCAAGACAUUAUUCUUUAUUGUGCAAUUCCCAGACCUUUUUUGCUUUUAUACGGUCUCGGAAGUACAAUUUUUUUUAAUCAAAGUCUUAUCAAUAGUACUUUAGUAGCCUUA